AUGGAGAUCCGGCCGGACAGGUUUAAGGUCGUGGCUGCCAAGACUCUCGGGAAAAUAUACGGUACACUGACGACAAUACAUUUUCCACUUACUCCCUUUUGGAUUUUCCAAAUUCUUCUUUACAGAGCUCUUGAGAAGAAACAGGAAAAUGGCGAGACCAUUGAGCUGUCGGCGGAGGGCCGUCCUGAGCUGUUGGAGGAGAAGGAGAUGCCCGUGGUGGACUGCACGUGCUUUGGACUGCCCAGGCGCUACAUCAUCGCCAUCCUCUCUGGCAUCGGCUUCUGCAUUUCCUUUGGGAUCCGAUGUAACUUGGGCGUGGCCAUCGUCAGCAUGGUCAACAGCCACACCAUCUUCAGAGACAACAAGGAGGUCAUAGUGAAAGCUCAGUUUGACUGGGAUCCAGAAACCGUGGGAAUGAUCCAUGGAUCCUUCUUCUGGGGGUACAUAGUCACCCAGAUCCCAGGAGGGUUCAUCUGUCAAAAGUUUGCAGCAAACAGAGUUUUUGGCUUUGCUAUAGUGGCCACGUCUUUCCUGAACAUGCUCAUCCCUGCAGCAGCACGGAUGCACUUUGGCUGUGUUAUCAUUGUCAGAAUAUUUCAAGGACUUGUGGAGGGAGUCUCAUAUCCAGCCUGUCAUGGUAUUUGGGCAAAAUGGGCACCACCUCUUGAAAGAAGUCGUCUGGCCACAACAGCCUUUUGUGGUUCUUAUGCUGGUGCUGUGAUUGCCAUGCCAUUAGCUGGAAUCCUAGUCCAGUACUCAGGAUGGUCAUCAGUCUUCUACGUCUAUGGAACUUUUGGGGUCAUGUGGUAUUGUUUCUGGUUCCUGGUGUCUUAUGAAAGUCCAGCAGCCCAUCCCACCAUCACUGAGGAGGAGAGAAAAUAUAUUGAGGAAAGCAUUGGCGAUUCGGCCCAACAAUCAAUAUCGAAAUUCAACACACCAUGGAGGGCCUUCUUUACAUCCAUGCCAGUGUAUGCCAUCAUCGUGGCUAAUUUCUGCAGAAGUUGGACUUUCUACUUGCUUCUCAUCAGCCAGCCUGCGUACUUCGAGGAGGUGUUUGGGUUCGAGAUUAGCAAGGUGGGCAUAGUUUCUGCACUUCCCCACCUUGUCAUGACCAUCAUUGUGCCCAUUGGUGGCCAGCUUGCUGACUAUCUGCGCUCCAACCAUAUCAUGACCACCACUAAUGUCAGGAAACUUAUGAACUGUGGAGGCUUUGGGAUGGAGGCAACCCUGCUGCUGGUGGUGGGCUUCUCUCAUACUAAAGGUGUUGCCAUUACAUUCCUGGUUUUGGCUGUGGGUUUCUCUGGCUUUGCCAUUUCAGGUUUCAACGUCAACCACUUGGACAUUGCACCACGCUAUGCUAGUAUCCUCAUGGGUAUUUCCAACGGUGUGGGCACGUUGUCUGGUAUGGUUUGCCCACUUAUAGUUGGUGCUAUGACAAAGCAUAAGACACGUGAGGAGUGGCAGGGGGUGUUUCUUAUCGCCUCACUUGUUCAUUAUGGAGGUGUUAUAUUCUAUGGCCUCUUUGCAUCUGGAGAGAAGCAACCUUGGGCGGAGCCGGAGCAACUGAGUGAUGAGAAAUGUGGCAUCCUGGAUGAGGAUGAGCUUGCAAAUGAAACAGAGGAGUUGUAUCGCACGAGUGGCGGCGGAGGCUAUGGAGCCAUGGCCCAGGGAGCGGAUCCCAACGGAGGCACGGGAGGAGGAGGAGGAGGAGGAGGAGGUUGGGUUUCAGACUGGGACAAGACUGAGGAGUAUGUCCAACCAGCUGGAACCAAUAAUUACCUCUAUGGAGUUGACGGUGACCGAGACUUAACAUAAAACCAGCAGAUCUUCUGCACGUGGCGAGGCAGAAACAGUACAUCAACAGUGUGGAUUUCACCUGAGGACACAAAGAACCUUCAAAGUGUGGAUUUAAAAAGCAGGAGGGGACCAUUUUCAGCCAGUCAGACUGUAUUAUCAUUACUGAACUGAACUCAAAGAGACUCCACAGUGGAGGUGAAGACAUUAGUAAAUGUAAAACGUGUGUUUGUGUGUGCAAUUGUGUACCUUGUGUGACAGACAAUCUAAGUAAGAGUGUUUUAGGACCCAUCACCCUCCCUGCAAUCUCUCGGAGGAGGGUUGGGUUUUAGGCCUGGUGUGGCUCUCUUUGAUGUUUAUUCACUGUAGUAAUAGACAUUUCUAUAUUAUCUAUAUUUUAUUUGUAUGCCUCUCACUUAUAUGUGAAACAUCACACUUCUUUAGGCGCACAUUGGUCACAAGCGCACUUCUGUUGUUGGGUGAAAACCUAUUGGAUUUAAUUGGUUUUUCAAAAGCUUCAUAAAUGGUUGUAGAAUUUCAGCAGCCCCCACAGCAUCCAGAGUGUGCUCACAGAAACAUAAAAUCACAAAUACUGGGGAUACAAGGUUUUCACACAGUGUUAUGGAAGCUUUUCUCCUAAAAAACAAUGUUAAAUUUUGUCCUUAAUGAGCACACUUUAAGAGAAAGCAUGUUACUUGUGCCAAUACAACAAAAUAUUUUGCUCUGUAGAAUUGGUUUACACAUCCACUGAUAAAUAAUUGAGCACCUGCGAAUAUUACUGCACACAGCUUUCUGUGAAGUUUAAAUAACCCAUACUGAUAUUUUUAGAUGCUGCAUUUUCAUUUCCUCAUGCAAAACUGUUUUAUGUACUAGGCCUCAAACCUGUCUGCCUGCUGACAAACUGGGGAAUAAAGAUGCCUCGGAUAGGACUAGAAGGAAUGUCAUUACAGAGGGUAGUUUAGAAAGACUUUUAUCAUGUCUCCUACUUUUUUUUUCUUCAAAAUCCAUCAUCAGAAUUUUGUUCAACAUGCUUUACCUGUAAUAUAUGCUUCAUUCAGGUUAUGCUAGUAUGUUACUGUUGAGUACAGGCAAUUCAUGAAUAGUAUUUUACUAUCAGUAUAUAACCCAAGAACAGCGGUCAGUUGUCAGUGGCAAGGCACAAACAAAAACACUGAGCUGAGGCUGUUGUGUGGUGCCUGUUACGUAUGUAGCAUAUGUCACAAUUAUAAUAAAAUGAAAACUUAAGUCCCACAGAGCCAUCACAGAUAACCUCGUUUAAGACCUUCAUUAAUCUCUGUGCUUUUUUAUAGUGCAGAAAGCUGAAGACAAGUUAAAUGACCAGUUAACUAAAGACCAAUUCAAAAUAAAAGGCUGAUAAUGGAGAACAAAACAAAGACAUUUCACUGUACAUGAGCAAUUUGUUUUACCUUUGUUAGUUGAUGUUGUAAUGUAUCAAGCUAGCCCCAAAAUGAAGGUUUAAGAUUGAAAAAUAUCCAUGUGUUAGAUCAUGAAAUGGUACUAAUUUGGCUGAUACUGUUUCACUGAUAGAUUAAAUAUUAAAUGUUAGAGUUUUUACUUUUUUUUCUCAUUUUUAUUAACUUCUUGUUAAAUGUUUUGUUCUGGAUUGUAAACUAAAACUGUAUGUAAAAAUCAUGUUCAUGUGGAAAAUAUUGUAUAAUAAAACC